UCUGAGCAGACUUGCUACCUGUGGAGGCCGAGGGACAGUUCUCUCUGCAGGGAAGGAAGGAAGACCAUGGGGCGAUUCAUCUUCGUGAGCUUCGGCUUGCUGGUUGUGUUCUUCUCCCUGAGUGGAGCCAAAGGCAAUAAUUGUCCCUUCGAUUGGCUCCCCAUGAAUGGGCUGUGCUACAAGAUCUUCAAUGAAUUGAAGACCUGGGAGGAUGCAGAGGGGAGAAGUAUGUUCUGCAGGAAAUACAAGCCAGGCUGCCACCUCGCCUCCUUUCACCGCUAUGGAGAGUCACUUGAGAUUGCUGAGUACAUCUCUGACUAUCACAAAGGUCACGCCGAAGUUUGGAUCGGACUGUAGGAUAAGAAGAAAGACUUCUCCUGGGAGUGGACGGACAGAUCUUGCAUCGACUACCUAAACUGGAACAAAAAUCAGCCCGAUCGCUACCAGAACAAAGAAUUCUGCGUUGAGCUUGUGUCCCUUUCAGGGUAUCGCCUGUGGAACGAUCAGGUGUGCGAGUCCAAGGAUGCUUUUCUCUGCCAGUGCAAAUUCUAGCGCACAUUGCUCUUUCUCUUGCUCCAGAAGGAGAGAAGCACCUGGCGAUGUCUGGAGAAGCAACGAAGCUCUUCCGCAAUCUCUGCUCUGCCCCCUUCGCUCAAGGGAUGCUCUCCGUAGCUGCGAUCUGGUUUUGCUGCUCCUGAUGGGCCAA